AUGGCAACAACGUCUAUAAUUAUGUUGAGUAAUGCGUCUAUGGAACGUUUGUAUCUGUCGCAACCGCCGGGAUGGAAUGAUUUACAACGGCUACCAUUCGCACCACCUAGUCAACAACAAGAUGGUCAAUCAGGCUCUCAAUUGAUUCGUACAUGCUAUGAUAAACUUCUUCACCAUAUGUACGAUAUCAAUUCGUCGUCGCCAACACUAACAAUGAAACAAAUCACUGAACAAUUAGAAUUAGCAGCUGAAUAUUGCCAAUUGAAAACUUAUCAACAUGACAAUGGAAAUGUUUAUCUUCAUUCGGAACAGUUCUAUUUAGAAGUGACUUUCGAUCCAUCAACACGACUACCAGUGAAAAUUUCCAUCGCAUUUACCAAUGAUCAACAAUCGAAUGAAGAACGUUUCCUCUGUUCUCGUAUGUUAAAAGCCUUAAAUGAAAAGCAAUACAAAUUAUUUCGCGAACAUCUAAAUGGUUACGCAAGUCUAUUUACACUAACUGCACCAAUGAUGAACAAUGACAAGAGGAUCGGCCAUACAGCUUAUACCGUAUUUCAACAAGAUUUAGAACGUCUGAGUAAAAUCGAUACGUAUGCGAAAUUAUUAGAAGGUUUUCAACCGAUGUGUGAAGGUCUACCAAUGAGAAUUCAAUUUGAUGAUCAAUUCAUUGGUAAUUCUUCAUUACCGAAAUUCGUUCGGAUCAUAUUAGUUCCCAGUGCAACGCAACAUUAUCUACCAAUUAAAUCUAAUAUUCAUAUUGAUGAAAAAACGAAUACUGUUCAUUUUGAUGCAUCUCUCAAAUCUAGCCUUUCUGCUACAGGCCACUUUGCCUUGGAAUUUGAUUCCAGUCAACCCUCACUCAAAUUUCUUCUAUCAUAUAUUCAAGAAAUCAAUCGUCUAACGAAUAUCACAACCUUUCCAUCUACUUCCGAAACGUUCAACUAUCUUUCCACUUUGUUACGAAAAUCGAAGUCGAUGUCACCAUAUCAAUGGUACAUUUCUCAUGACCAAUCAGCAAUGUCCAUUAAACAAAUUCCAUUCACCAGUGUUAAACAAUUCCUACAUAUCCUGAACUUGAUUCGUCAACAAAUGUAUCUGACAAAAUAUUUAGAUUACUAUUUCAAUCAUGAAUACGAUCAGGAUCAUAUGGAUGACGAUAGUGAAGAUAUUUCACUCGAAUUAUCAUUUCUAUCUUCAACUGUUCUCUCGAUAACCUGUGCCCAAUCUUACCAUUUAGCCACAUUUUUGCUUCAUAUGUCAAAUAGAAACGCGUUACCAUUGUUAGUCAAUCGUGCACAAGACAAAGAAAUUCAUUUAACUGAAGAUCGACAGUCGUUGGUGAAGAUGAUUCCGCAGCUUCUCAAAGAAGAUAAUGCGAAUCCAUAUUCAGCGAUAACAGAUGUUGAUGUAAAACAAACGAAUAAAUUUCCGGAACAAGUGACUCAACCAGCUGCAAUACCGAAAUUGAAUCGACGUUUAUCAUGUGGUCCACCUGCAAAACCUGUAUGGCGACGAGCAACGACACUGCGUCGAAAUCAACCUGCUUGUUUAACAUUAGCAUCAAUCGAUAGUAUUCUGGAAAAAGUCGAUGACAACUUGCCUGCUGAAGAUCAUCAAGAAAAUAAUAUACUAUCCGAAGAUUUUCCCGAUGAUGAUGCCUUUAUAAAAUCACCUAACCCUCAACAACAGCAAACAUCUCAAAAUCAUUAUCCUCAACACUUAUUACCCAGACCAUCAUUGAGUUUCCAUCCAUCGGUAUUAAGUCGCUGUGGAUCAGUUUCAUCAACUCAAUCGGUUUCUACACCGCCAAUAUUUGGAUUGUCACCAUCGACUCCCUAUCCAGGCGGAUCAACUAAUCCAAACGGAAAUGUCUUCUUCCCGUUGGGAAAGCAAGUCUCUGUACCAGAAUAUAGUCCAGUUAGUUCACCUAUUACAAUGGGAACAUUUGAUCCAUCAGCUUUCCUACCUGCAAGUGGAAAUAUCUCAUCCAAUGUCAUGUCAUCGGCGGAUCAGAACAAUAAGGGACAACAAAAGAAGAAACGAAGAAGAUCAGAACAAUCCAAUGACGAUUUCAUUCAAACAUUGAGCAAUAAUCCUAAUGAUAAUCGAUUACCGAUGCAACAUGCGACGAAGUUGACGUCAUCGGGUGGUGAUCCUAACAGUGCUAAGCGUGGGAAAAAGCCAGGAGACAAAAAUGUUCAACAACAACAUCAACUUGCUCGACAAAAGUCAGCAUUUAAAGUAACGGACGCUCCAUCAGGAACGUUACUCACGCAACAAUCGAUCACAUCACCAGACGAUACAUCCAAUGAAUUGAAACCUUUGAAAGUUGUCAUAAAACGUGUCGGUGACGGCGGUAAUUCAUCCAAUGAUGAAUCUCAGCAACAACAAUCAAUAAAACAACGAAAGAAACAAUUACAACAGCAAUCUCUCAGCAAUCCUGGCGGAUCGAUGUCAUCGACAAUAAGAAAACUGCCGUCGAAUAAUGCAACUAGCGGUGCAUCACCAUCUGUGUUAAUCAAAAGCGAGAGUCUUGAUAUGUCACAAAUGAAUUCAGAUUCCAAUACAAUGAUGGCAUUGACAGAUGGUAUACAACAGUCACCACGUGAACGACCACGUCCAUCAUCGUCUCUAUCAAAUCCGUCCUCAACAUCCUCUCUCUCAUCGUCAGCAUCCUCACAACCACGAUCAGUUCCGCCCCAACCGCCUAUUGUUUUGAAAAUUCAACGAAGUAAAGUUUACUCUGGACAAGAUCAAUCCUCUGCAUCAUCUGCUACUGCGCCAACACCGACAGCAGGAGCAUCAAAUACUAUAUCACCUUCGGUAAAAGAGGUACUGAAGCACCGCGCUCGUUCUAUGCCUUCCGGUGCAAAUAUAAAUAAACCCCAUGUGGCGUCGCCACCACUUCUUGCCUCUAAACUUACAAGUCCAUCCGCAGCAACAAUCAGCAACCCAAUAGCGGCUGCCACAACAGCAGCAACAACAGCACCGCCACCACCACCACCACAAUUUCGUAUUCCAAGAAAGUCAUCAUCACAAGAAGUGACUGCAAAGUCUAAGACUGAACCUGGUACUAUCAGUAACAAUUCAAGUCCUGGUCUAGCAAAAACUCCGUUGUUACCAACACCAGGAGUUCGUCCACCACCACCACCGCCUCCAUCUCAGAUCGGUAGUUGGCAAUCACCACCGACCCAACAACCAUCCCGUUUUCAUCAAGCACGACCGCGUUCUUCCUGGUCACAGCAGCAACCGUCACGUGGUCGAACACCUAUCACACCUCCGAAUGUAGCAGCAUAUACGGGUGGUCACAAUGCAUCACUACCAAAUUUCUCUCAACAACCUAGAUCAAUUCUUAAAAAACCGCCAUCAAAUGAAAACUCUUCAACAGAUAUGCUCUAUAUUCCUUCAGCAGAUCUACCAGGUCUCAACGAACAACGUUCUGGAAUGAACUUCUCCAUGCCGUCAUCAUCAUCAUCAACAUCUCGUACAACAACACCACCCGGCAUGUACGAUGACGGCGAUGAUGAUUCAUCUCCACAGGCGCAAUUAGUUAUUGACACAAGUAGUCACCAACCAGCGAAUGUCCUUCUACCGUACGCCAACGUACUUGGUUCAAGCUCAUCAGGUAUGGAUAACUUUGAUUCCACAUAUGAAAAUAAUAAUACCAAUCAACAACAACCAAGUGAUGAACCCUUAUCUAAUCUAGACUGA